AUGAAGCAGGAACUGAGAGAGCCCCUUCUAGCCCAAGUGCAAGAAGAGCCUUCUAAUUCUCAAUAUGAUCCUCUUCCUUCUCAUCUUAUCAGAUAUUUAUACGUAGGACACUUUUUGGCCAGAUGGGGUACCAGAAUGUGGGAAUUCUCUGUUGGUCUUUACAUGAUAAGCAUUUGGCCAGAUUCUCUACUCUUUGCUGCUAUCUAUGGUGCAGUGGAAUCAGCCUCUACCGCCCUUUUUGGACCCUUAAUUGGACACUGGGUGGAUAGAUUUCCAUAUGUAAAGGUUCUCCGGCUUUGGUUGGUAACACAGAACCUCUCUUUUAUGAUUGCUGGAGGCACCGUAAUGGCAUUGCUGGUCUAUUCAGAUUUGAAGCUCACAAGUUUUAAUGCAUUCAUCUUGCUUGUAAUAUUAACCAACAUCUCAGGAGCUGUUGGAGUUCUUUCCACUCUUGCUGGCACCAUCUUAGUCGAAAGAGACUGGGUGGUGGUAAUGUCAGAAUGCCAUUCUGAUCCAGAAGUACUACUGACCAAGAUGAAUUCAGUCCUUAGGCGUAUUGACCUCUUCUGCAAGCUAUGUGCUCCUGUGCUAACUGGCUUCAUUAUCAGCUUUGUAUCACUAAAGGCUUCUGCUUUAACUUUAGCCCUCUGGAACACCAUAUCUAUUUGGCUGGAAUAUUGGCUCUUCAUCUCUGUAUAUAAUGGGAUUCCGGCUCUAGGCGAAAGCAGCCAGAGGAAGAUAUCAAGACCUUCAAGGACUGAUGUGGAAGAGAGCACAUCUACCUCUGAUCAGGAAAGAAUUAGUUUGCUUUCUCAUGAUGAAAAUGAUUCACAACCGGCUGAAGAAAGCUGGAUAAAGAGAAUAACAGAAGCAGUCUCAAGGAUCCCUUAUGUUGGAGCAUGGAAAGUGUAUUUGCAGCAAGAUGUUGUACUCCCUGGAGUAGCUCUGGCUUUACUAUUUUUCACUGUCCUCAGCUUUGGAACAUUGAUGACAGCUACCCUAGAAUGGCAAGGCAUACCUGCAUAUGCUAUCGGGAUAGCUCGUGGAAUAAGUGCUGCAAUUGGAAUUGCUGCUACAAUUGUUUAUCCUAUCUUGCAAUCUCAUAUUUUAACACUCAGAACCGGGCUCUGGUCUAUCUGGUCUCAGUGGACCUUCCUCCUCCUAUGUGUUGCUUCAAUUUGGGUCCAUAGUAGCCUUUUAUCAGCAUAUUUGCUGAUGGCAGGAGUGGCUACCUCUCGGCUUGGAUUGUGGAUGUUUGAUUUAGCAGUAAUCCAACAAAUGCAGGAUCAAGUACCUGAAUUCGAUCGUUGUGUAGUGGGAGGUGUUCAAAACUCCCUUCAGUCUGGCAUGGAUUUGAUGGGUUAUGUCAUGGGAAUAAUUAUAUCUAAUCCACAGUCACAUGAAUAA